CCUUAAGCACCAUUAUGAGGCUCUGGGCCUGCGGACUGUUGACUUGCACCGGGGUGAUGCCAUCGAAAACAAAGCCCACCUAAGAGUUGACUUGACCUCUUUGCCAGUCUGUGAUUCGAUUUAAACUCAGGCCAAGACUAGCGUACCACAGCGAGACUUGGUCGAACGGUGAGACACUGGAGCACGCUGGCACGUCGACAACGGUACAUUGUGCUCGUGCUGUGGCAGAAAUGACAAGGACUGAUGGCCACCCAAACGGGGCGUUCCGCGAUGGAUGCCACGAAGCCCCGCUUCAAAUCUCGGGGAUGGUGGACAAAGCUUGCAGCGCCUUUAUCGUGUACUAGUGUACAUUUACCGAGGCGCGCCAUUGAGGUUGGAUCGGAUGGGGUUUUCGAGGCUGACUGUUUUGCUUUUUGUGGCCUGUUUCUAGGUCUCUUCUGGAAGGUGGCGGUGACCCCUGGUCGCCUGUAGGGCCCGCUUUGCAGCCUGGCUGGAGGGGGAGCCACAUUCCCGGGAUGUGUUUCAGAUAAAACGUGGCUAAGCAAUCGCAUGAGCUUGAAUAGAACCGCCCCCGUCCAGCCUGUCAGUGAAACUCGCGGGUUCAACACAACCCGACUUCACAGCGCAAGAUCACAAAGUCUAGGGUCCCUUGCGGAGAGACCAGCGCGUGACCGAGCCGCACGUGGGUUGCAGCUGUCGGGCCAGAACCUCGAGUCAACCCUAGGAAAGAACAAUUGAAGCCUCGUGGUGCAGCUUGCCCGGUAGGCACACGUGCAGACAGGCGGAGGCGCAUUUGGAGAGCUAAGGGGGGGGAUAACCAACAUCGGGACACUGGUCACGAUUGCCUGGUGCAACAGACCACAAAUGUUGAGUCAUCCAUGACUGUGAGCGGACCGAAUGAAGGAUUGAGGCACAGGCCAGGAAACAGGAAACGAGCUGCAUCAACGGCGAAUCGGUCCCUUUCAGGCCCUCUUGCUGCGUGAAAAUUGGUGGAUUAAUAUCUCCGGUGCAGGCCCUCAAAAGUCCGCGUGUGCAAUCAAUCUGGCCAUGUGGGUCAAGGCAGCCCUGGAGGGGCCCAGGCCUCAAGUGUCGACCGUCUAAUUUCCACCACUUCUUCUUCCAGGUCUACUCCCUCCCAGGCACGAAAGCCUCUUGCUACUUGACGGUAUUCCCUUCUCUUGGCUCGUCUCCUCUUGCCUUCGACUCUCGCGGUACUGGUACCUGCGGACAAAUGUCGUCUAUUCGAAUGGACUGCCUCUAACCCACGACGAGUGCGACCGACAGUACAAGGACAUGGCGCCGCUCCGUGAUUCCAUCAUGGUGCCCGACCUGCCGGCUCUGUCUCCCCGGAAAGACCAUUACUACUAUGACCCGGCCGUGGAACUUUACGCUGGGCUAUGGUGUCUCUUCUCUGCUGCAACUGCAUUCCUAGGCCUGAGGGUUUGGGUCAAGUUUCAGCGUCGCCACGGUUUGUGGUGGGAUGAUUAUCUUCUAAUGUUGUCAUGGCUUAUCCUCUUGGGCACUGAUAUCCUAACAACCUUCGAGUACGCAAAUGGUUAUUCAAAGGGUGACUGGACCGACAGCAUGCAUAUUUUGAUCAAUAUCUCUUCAGAUGGAACCGUGAUAGGGCAAGCUCUGACCAAAACUGCCUUCGCCGUCACGCUCUUGCGGAUGUGUCAUGCUUCGACACGAUCGCGGUUUCCCUGGAAGCAGACCCUGCUAUGGUUCUGUAUCAUCACAAUGGAUGGUAUCGCGCUGUCGAAAUGCGUCUUCCAAUGGGCCAAGAUCUGUGGGCGGCACGAUUAUCAGCAGUGGUACCGUCUGAACUGGUGCUUGGAUUGGACAUUUUCUCAGGAUUUUAAGGAGCUUGGGAACAUCUACAACAUUAUAAUGGACUUCCUAUUCGCGAUUUUCCCCUGGUUCAUUACCUGGCCGUUAAACCUGAAGCGAGGGGAGAAAAUCGGGCUAGGUGUCACCUUGAGCCUUGGAAUGAUGAUCGCUAUUAUCACAGCAAUACGAACUUGGUGGAAAGACACACCGCUUAUGCAUGUGCAUGACUGGUGGUAUAUGUGGCGGGACGCUGUCUCACAGAUAUGGUACUCGGCUGAAGUCUCUGGAACAAUCAUGGUACAAUGUGUUCCGGUGCUCAGGCCUUUCAUCAAGGAUUUACAUACCGCAUUCACCUCCAAACGGCUUGAAGCCACGGAGCCAUCGCGGGCACAGUCGACCUGGCGCGGUUCUACUCUCAUCGACCAAAGAUCGAAUUCGAUCCCAUCCAGAACAGCUUCGAUAUUGUCCAAGAGCGAGGAGAAGAAAUCACCUGGCAUAUUCGAAUUGACAGAAAUACCAGAGGAGACAAUCAUAUUUGACCAGACAGCAAAAGACUACGGGUAUCAUGCACAGGCAUAUUAUGACCCUAGUUCCGAUCGCACCGCAGAGUUGCCUGUGCAGGGCAUCACCGCGACUACGACGACCACUCAGCAGCUGAAUGGACCGCUGGAUUCUUGGCCAGUCCCGACAAGAGGGAACUACUAGUCACAAUCGCAAUCUAUACAAAUUCUUUCAUGAGCAUCAUUCGAGUGUGGCGGGUCAUUCGCAC